UGGCAGCGCUCUCUUUUCUUAGGAUUUGAAGAUGUCUAAAAAGAAACUGAAGAAAUUAACUGAAAAGGAAGACUCUUUGGAUGGCCGGGAUGACAAAACCUCUGAGGACACAAGAUCUUAUAAGCACACUGUGAAAGGAGAGACAGAACUCCAGAGGUCCAAACCAGAGAAAGAUGGGCAAGAGAAGAAGCGACACCGAGGUUCUAGUGUUUCUCAUGAUGCUGAUGAAAGAUCCCAAGGAAAAUCUCCAAAUAGAAGCAAAACCCCAGACAAUUCUUCAGUUAGACCUGAAAAGCAAAAGAAAGUCAUUAUCCAAUUUAAACCCAAAGAAAUUAAACACGGAAAAAGCACCCGCACUCCUGACGCAGUGACUGCGAGCAAGGAACGGAGUCGCUUGGAGGGAACAGAGAAAAGGCUCUGGUACACCUUUGAACUUCAGAGGGAGAAGGCCCUGAAGAAAAAGAGAGAGAAAGCUGAACUCUGCAAGCUCAAGUUAAAAGCAGAACAAGCCAUGAUAGAGAAGUUUAAGUCAUCUGUGUCCGAUGUGCUGCGGAAAAGGGCGGACGGCUCAAAGAAGCGCGGUGAAGAUGGCAGAAUUCCAAAGAAGCCACCCGGCACCUCCGUGAGGACUGUCACUAAGGAGUCGGAUGUACUGUCUGGCCUUUGGGAAGAGGAGGAGGAAGAAGAAUAUAAGGAGUUUCCUGUGAAAAAGAGGCACGUGAGUAAACACAGAGCAACAGACUCUUCAGCCGAGACACCGCCACGAUGGGACUCCCGUAAGCGCAGAAAGCACGAUGCUGGUUCUCCUGAACCUUCUGGACCUUCAGGGACUGAAGAAAGGGACUUUGAAGCCACAGAAAUAUGUUUUAAGCAGAAUUUGGGGAGCCUGUGCACAUCUGAGUCCUACCAGGAAGGUGAGGUCAGAAAGCCUGUGCCUGUCCAACAGAUGCAGAUAGCUGAAGACUUGCACGUUGCCCGUGUGGAGAAGAGGAUGGCACUGUCUGUAGUCCAGGCUUGUGGAGAGCUCACAAGCAUGGACAUUGAUCUUCCAGAACAGGAUUUAAAUGUUUCUGCUGAGGCUUUUACUUCUGGUCUGAACAUUCUGGUGGUGAUUGACACAAACAUCAUGAUUAGUCACCUUGAGUUUGUCAGAUCCCUGAAGUCUGAGGAUAUACCAGGUGUUGACAGACUUGCUUUAAUAAUUCCCUGGGUCGUCCUACAAGAGCUGGACAACUUGAAGAAGGGGAAGAUGUUGCAGCAUGUCCGGGACAAAGCUAUCCCUGCAGUCCAGUUCAUCUACAAGUGUCUCAAAAGCCAGGAUUCCAGGCUGUGGGGACAGUCCAUGCAGCUGGCUUCUCAAAAAAUAUACGGGCUGAGUGAUGAGAACAACGACGACCGUGUCCUGCAGUGCUGCCUCCAGUACCAGAGCCUCUUCCCUCAGGCUGUUGUCAUCCUCUGCACGGAUGACAAAAAUUUAUGUAAUAAAGCCAUUGUGAGUGAGGUCAAGGCAUUCUGCAAAGCUGAUUUGGUCACUGCUCUGCAGAAUGUGAACGUGAACAGGCCCCAGAGCUGUGGGGAACAGCAGCCAAAACGUGGUUUGGCAGAUACAGAAUUUGAGAAGACACAAGGAGGUGAUGCUGGGUUUACUGCUCAGUUCCCAAAUGUGCUUCCAGACCUUGAGAAGAACUUAGGAGAAGCUUUGUCUUGUAUUUUGGAGACUGAAAUGAAACUUGCAUUCGGAAACCUGUGGAUGGAGAUCCUGUAUCUGAAGCCACCAUGGACAUUAGUAAACCUGCUGAAGUGUUAUAAAAAACACUGGAUGGCUGUUUUUGGUUAUGUGGUGCCAAGGGGUUUACUUUCAACUGUUGAGUGUCUCUCUAAACACCUUUGUACAGAUAAACCAUUUGACUCCUCAACAGUGCGUGUCUUGCUCCAGGAAUCCAAAAAAUUACUCCAUGCUUUCAGCUCGAGGUCGGACUACAACGGUGUCCUGCCCCAGGCUUACACUGCACUGACCAAGCUGUGGGAGAGGCUGGCAGAGGUGAGGGCAGACAGUGAGCAGCAUUUAUCAGAAGACAUCAUGGUUCUUUCAGAAAAUGCUGAAAAAAUGGAAGCCACGACACCCAAUCUGCCAAACCCUGAAGAGAAAGAGUUACAUCCAAGCUUUCAUGUGGCUCAGGAAAGCAGGCACCAGGAAAUCUGGUCGGUCCUUGAGGGUGUUUGGAACACAAUGAACCUGUACAGUAUUGAAAUAUUCCAGAAGUUGGACCCCAGUGCAGUGACUAUGGCUGCAAAGUCUUCAUUUGAGGAAGCUUUUUUAGGCCUGCAGAAGCUGUUGGCAGCUGUGAAGGAUAUCCAGGAAGGAAUUAGUAGAAUUUUGAGCCCAACAAGCAGUUUCCAAGAUAUUUGGACCCUCUAUAACUUCCUCAGAAGACACGAGGUGAAUAACAGUCUGAAAUUCACUGCUGAGGAGCUUUAUGGGUGUGUUUCCCAGGAGUUGUACAGGGAAAGGCUGGAAGUUGGUUGCUGCCAGCUGGCACAGCUGGAGCAGACCCUGGAGCAGUGCCAGGUGUCGGCGCACAGGGAGGCCGAGAGCAGGGGCUGGCUGUGACUCCGGGGGCUGGGACAUCCCCGGGCUGGGA